UUUUAAAAAUCUAAUCUUUAUUAUAAGCAUAAAAAGAAUUUAAUUAAAAAAAAAUUUUUUUUUUUACAUGUAAUUUAUUUGAAAUUUAUUUCCAAAACUUGUCAUUAUGCGCGUGCAUUAUAAUAAAUUGUCCUCUUAUUAGUUCCUUAUUUUUUUGGGUAUAUUAUUGACUUUGUGUCAAAUUAUUUUAAUUGUGCAAUUAAAAACUAAAAUCUACCUAUGCAUUUGCGUAAUGAAUCAAAAAUAAUUCAAACCACUGAUAAUUUUUAUUUUUUUCUGCAUAUACAUAAAAUAAAAACCUUGUUUUAAACAUUUCAAAUAUUUGCGGAAAAUUAAAAACCAAUAAGAUGUCAUCGUCGUUACGCAUGCGCAAUAUUAACGGGAUCAAUGUGACAGGUUUUGGAAAAUUGUUUAAACUUUAAAGUUUGUAUUAUUUUAAUUAGCAACGUGUAUUGGGCAAAUUUUUUUCAUUUACAUUAUUAUUAAUUAAGAAUAUAAUUUUGUUUUAAUGUUGUGAUACUUGUAUUAGAAAUUAAAGAAGAUAAAAACGAAUAAUCAUUUGUUACUAACUCAUCAAUUUGUAUUAAUAUAAUGAAAUAUUAAAUAAUUUUAAAUAACAUAAAAAGAAAUUGUCACGUGAUUAUGAAAAAACGGUGUUUCUUUUAGAAAUGGAAUUAGCAAAACAUGUAUGGAGAAGAUCCUUACUUGCAUAUAAAACUAAUGCACGAUCAACAUUACGAAGAGGUACUUCAACGACUUCAAAUGUAGCGCAAGCUGAUAUUAACAGAGACGGUGAAUAUCGUUCGACAGGACCUGAAGUACUAGUUAAAUCACAAAAUGUAUUUAAAGCUCUUGGUGCUACUGAUGAGCUUUCUUCUUAUAUAGGAUUGGCAAGAGAAUUUGCAUGUGAAGGAAAGACUGAACAUCCCUAUGUUGAUAAAUUGAAAAGAGUUCAAAUGAUACUCUUUGAUCUCAAUCAUGCCAUUUCAAGAUCAGCGCCAGGUAAAAUAAAACAAUUUGAAAAUCAUCAUACAAAAGAUCUCGAGGAAUGGAUUUCCGAAUAUUCGAAUCAACUUCCACCUGCUGAGGAUUAUAUUAUUCCUGGAGGUGGAAAAGCAAGUGCUUCCUUACACGUGGCAAGAACAAUUUGUAAGCGAGCCGAAAGGAAGGUAAAUGAAUUAGUGAAAGAUGGAAUUUUAGACAAGGAAGCUCAAGUUUAUCUAACUCGAUUAACCGAUUUUCUUCUCACUGCAUCUCGAAUGGCUGCGAAAUGUGACGAGCGCACAGAAACAAUUUAUAUUCCAAGAGCAGAGGUUCAAGAAGAAAAAUAAACUACAUUUCAAAUAAGAUGAACAAACUCUAAGAAAAAAAAAAAAUGUAGAAAUUAUAUUAAGAAAUAUCAACGAAAUAGUUAAUUUUGCUUAAAUACUAGACAUUUUUUUUCUACUUUACAAAUGCUCCAGAAUUUAACGGUACAAGUUGAACUUUGUAGAUAAUUACCACAAUGCAUCUAUUGAUAAUGGAAUAAAUAAUUUCGUUUCCGUUUAGAAACAAGAGUCAUUAUAUGUUAAAUAAUUCAGUUUUGUAAUACUCCAAGUUUUAUAUUACCAACGUUAUUUUCAAUUUCGAAAGGUAUGAUUUUUUUUUUAAGUUUUAUGAUAAAUUAAUUCUGAUGUCAUAGAUAUUACUGAGAAAUAGUACAAUUUAGGAUUGUACAUAGUCAUUGAAGAGAACUCGGUUAUUUAUCUUGUUAUGUAUUAGUAUGUACAUGAUAUUUAUUAAAUAAAAUCAAGAAAUUUGUCAACA